GAUAUGAAUAACUCGUGCGGCUAGUUUAGAAAGGUGACAACAACAAUGCGUGAGGUCAGUGUUUAAAAACAAACCACGACCAGCAGAACUUAUGCGGCUCUUUACCAUCAGCUGAUGGUACACAGAAGCGGCUGGAACGAAGCGAACCGCAGAUAUUUUAUUUGUUCAGACAGUUGUUUAUGCUAGGUUASGUACCGUGUUAUAACUUUGUUUUUGUGCUGCCGUAACGUUUGUGUCGUCGAUAUUAUUAAUUUAAGUCUCAUGAAGGCUUGCUCGAUGUAGAGGCAAAGAUUUUCUCCUGUGAAAUGGGACUUACCGGCGUGCUGUGUGUCUCGGUUGUCAAGUCUCGAAGCUGUUGUGAUACUUUACUGUAAUAUUUUUAUACUUUUGAAAAGUCAUGAUGGAAUCUGUUGGGAAGUUUGAGUUCAACAAGAAGGACCUGAUUGGCCACGGUGCUUUUGCUGUUGUGUUCAAAGGCAGACAUAAAGAGAAACGUGACUGGGAAGUUGCUAUAAAGUGUAUCAACAAAAAAAAUCUUGCCAAGUCACAGUCGUUGCUUGGGAAAGAAAUCAAAAUAUUGAAGGAACUCAAACAUGAAAACAUUGUUAGAUUACUUGACUACCAGGAAGUGGGUGGGUGCGUGUACCUCGUCAUGGAGUACUGCAACGGAGGCGAUCUGUCAGAGUAUCUCCACUCCAAGGGCACACUGAGCGAGGACACCAUCCGAGUCUUCCUGCAGCAGAUUGCCCAGGCCAUGAAGGUCCUUCAAAGCAAAGACAUCCUCCACAGAGACCUGAAACCCCAGAACAUUUUACUCUGCCACCCAGAAGGGCGCAGGUCCAGUUCCAUCAACACCAGCGUUAAGAUAGCUGAUUUUGGGUUUGCACGGCACCUUCAGACGAACACCAUGGCUGCCACCCUGUGUGGCUCUCCCAUGUACAUGGCUCCCGAGGUCAUCAUGUCCCAGAACUACGAUGCCAAGGCUGAUCUGUGGAGCAUAGGUACCAUUGUGUACCAGUGUCUGACUGGAAAAGCCCCUUUUCAUGCCAGCUCACCACAGGAGCUCCGUCUCUACUAUGAAAGCAGCACAACCGUGUUACCCAGCAUCCCAAAGGAGACUUCGGCUAACUUAAGACACCUUCUGCUCGGGCUGCUGCAGAGAAACCAUAAAGAGCGCAUGAGCUUUGACGAGUUCUUCAACCAUCCCUUCAUGGAGACRAGCUCAUCUACAAAGAAAUGUUCGCCCUCUCCGGUGCUCUCCUACUCCGGCUCGGGCUCAGGUAGCUCCUCCAGCAGCUCCUCCACGUCUCAGCUGGCCUCGCCUCAACAUUCCGAUGGAGAGAUGAACCAGUUUCUGCCCAAAGAGCUGUGCUCGCAAGCAAAGGACACCACCGGCAUUCUGGGAAAAGAAAUAGCCGCUGUAGACGAUGGAAACUCGCCAUCGUACACUGAGGACUAUGUCAUGGUGUCUGCCAAGUUCUACGGUGAGUACACAUGUGAAGCAGAAGUUGGAUCGCCCUCUGACAGUUACCUGAUGAACAGCRGGAGCUCCCAGCUGACCAGGAGAGGUUCUGGAGCUGCUGGAAGGACACYACCACCUCCUUCACUGCAGAUCUCUCCAUCUAAGCCAGUUAGUCAUCCUCCCUUACUGAACGGCCGUAAAUGCAGCCCAUCGCUGCCCAUUCCUGUCCCAACUCAGAUCCAAAACUACCAGCGUAUGGAGCAGAACCUGCAGCCCGUUUCAUACGGCUCCACCAGGGCUGGCAGCAGCAAUGCAACCCCCGUGCAGAGUGGAGGGUGUGCAUUACCGGGUCCAGGUGUUGAUUUUACCUUCCCAAUGCUGGAAAAAGAAAGAAGCCAACCACAACCAGCCUCCCCAUGUGCCGGAUUGACUCCAAAGACGUCAGAGCAGACUUCCCCGCUCAGCACACGAACUGGACUGCUCCCUGGCUCUCCUGAUUCCCAGGUCAUCUCCAGCCACAAGCAGCACGUCCCACCUAGAAAGCCAAAUCGAAGCAGGACAGUCCAAAACCUGCAGGCCCUUGACCAAUCUCCUGCCUCCCAGACCAACCUCAGCAGGAAGUCUGCCACUAAGAAGGGCCCCUUUAAAAGAUCACUGAGUGCCGGCCGGCUGUCUGACAUGCUGCUGAAAGCUGCCUUUGGAGCCAACGUGUUAGAGGAAGAAAGUGAUGAGAGCUGCAGCUGUGAGAGAAGCAUGGACACAACAGCUCCACCUACUGGGAACCAAAAGGUGUUUCAGUUCCCAGACAGCUCACCUCCUGCAGUCUUUGCCAUGGGUUCCCCACCCAAUGAGAACACUCCUCCUGACGAGGCGGUGUCAAAGAUGUUGUCAGGCUCUCCCAGCAGCUACAUCAACUCAGCCUGGCUGCUUAACAGUCGCCCUGUCCAGCGAGGAAGCCGGAGGAACAGUGAGACGGAAGCCAUGGAUGCUAUUUCACACUACAGUCUCGUUUUUCACCCUCCAGCGCUGCCCGAAGAUACACUGAUGGAGCAGGCUCACACGGAUGCACUGAGCGACUUGCGUUUCACCCUGGCGUUUGUCAGCUGCGUGAUGGAGCUGGCUUCUUCAAAGGACCCCGGGCUGGGCGCCAUCAGCAGUCCUGACAUUUCCUUCUUAGAGCAGAGUUUUGUGACUGAUCAGAUCAGCCUUCUGAGUAAAGAGUGGAGUUAUGCAGAGCAGUUGGUGUUGUACAUAAAAGCUGAGGAGUUUCUGUCAUCAGCGCUGCGCACCGCCCAGGAAAAUAUAAAACAAGGCCAACUCCUGCCUUCUGCUACUGUCAAACAAGUGAUCAGGAAGUUGAACAAAUUGUACAAGAACUGCGUGACUUAUUGUCGGUCCCUGAACGAACGGCUGCAGACCUUCUUGCUGGACAAACAGAAGCUCAUCGACCGCUUCAACGGGCUCACGGCAGAGAAGCUCAUCUACAGCCACACUGUACAUAUGGUCCAGUCUGCUGCGUUAGAUGAGAUGUUCCACUAUGGUGCAGCAACAGUUCAGCGCUACAAUAAAGCCCUUCUGCUGAUGGAGGGUCUGUCUCGAAUCCUCAUUGAGCAAAAGGACAUCGACACUCUCGAUAAAUGUAAGAAGCGUCUUGAGCGACGCCUCUCAGCGUUGCAGACAUGACCGUGUCUGAGAAAUGUCCAACAGCACAUUACCUUCCCUUGUCCAUCAUUGCUGAAUAUAGAUGGAUCCUGCCAUACAUGAGCACUUUGUUCUGGGAGAAAUGACCACAAGAGCAUCCACCAUUAUCCUACAAACUAAUCUGUAACUGAGCUCAAACAGACAGAAACAAAUGACCUUUGUGUUUAAACAAUGUUGAGCACAGAUUGUGUUGUUGAUAUGGGAUUAAUUUAAAAACUUUGAUCAGAUGAACUGUUUUUAUUUGGGUACAGAUUGUUUGUUUUAGGGUUAGGGUUAUGGAGUGAGUCCYGUUUCAGAAAGAAAGAGAGCACAGCAAGAUUUGCACACACAAGCGUAUGGAUCUGCUCACCUGAGAAUUUGACUUUUGAGACUUAAUGCUGCAUUCAAGACUGGAGAAAAGCUGGGAAAUCUGAACUUUACCACAUUUACUGGGUUAUUGGGAAAACUAUAUUUCUGACUUAUAGCUCAUAAACACUACAUUAUACACACACACAUACACUUACAUUACUGGUUUCCAGAAAUGUUACAUUUUGUGGACUGUACAGCUGAAACAAACAACCAAAAACGAGUGGAAAAAUACAUUUGCUUCGUAGUUUUUCCACAGAAAGAAUAACCUCCCCAUUUAGAGAGAUUUAUUUCAGCUGUACAGUCAGAUUUUUUUUAUCUAGUGGAGAAACUACUAGAAAUUUAUUUUAUUUUUUCAAAUGUACAGUUCAAACAAAAACAUACAUGAUAUUAUGAGGUUAUUUUAAGGUUAACUUAUUAAGUUACUCUUCUACAAAAACUACAGGAAACAUAUUUACCAGUGUUCCGCUGCAAAAAGUACCAAUAAAUAUAAAAAAUCUAAUUAUCUGUAUUUUUGGUGAGGACUAUAGGCUACAUUUAAAGGCACAGUGUGUAGGA